CAAAAGGAGUUACAUUUCAACGCAGUUAUUGUCGUUUGUUUCGAGGAUCGUCGAAAAAGUUGCAACAAGUGAAAUUGAGAGUUCUUAUUUUGUGACAAAGACGAAAGUUUUCAAGCUUUGGGAUUUGAGUGUUUUGAGUUUGAGAAAUGGAGGAGGGGAAGAGCCGGGUACUGAUAAUCGGAGUAACAGGGAAUCUGGGUCACCAUUUGGCCCAAGCCGCCCUCCAAUUCUCUCACCCAACAUUCGCUCUCGUCAGACCCUCCACCUUCUCCGAUCCCCACAAGUCUCAUAAGUUUCACUCUCUCUCCAGUGCCGGCGUCACCCUCCUCCAAGGUUCGCUGGAAGACGAAGACAGCCUAAUGGAAGCGGUGAAGCAAGUGGAUGUGGUAAUUUGUGCUGUUUCAGCCAAACAGGUCCUCCAUCAGAAGCUCCUUAUCCAAGUUAUCAAACAAGCUGGCUGCAUCAAGAGGUUUAUUCCCUCAGAAUUUGGAUUGGACCCAGAUAAAACGAGAAUAUCAGGCAUGGACCACAACUUCUAUGAGCAGAAAGCUGAGAUUAGGCGUUUUGUGGAAACCAGUGGCAUUCCAUAUACUUACAUUUCCUGCAAUUUCUACAUGAGCUAUUUGCUUCCUCAGCUUGUUCAGCCAGGCCUCAAGGUCCCUCCAAGGGACAAAGUCACAAUUUUCGGAGACGGGAAUACUAAAGGUGUUUUUGUUAAGGAAAGUGAUGUUGCUGCAUUCACUAUCAGAGCAUUGGAUGAUCCACGAACCUUGAAUAAGGUGGUGUACUUAAGGCCGCAAGGGAAUGUUUACUCAAUGAAUGAACUUGUUGAGACUUGGGAGAGUAAGAUUGAGAAGAAGCUUGACAAGGUAUUUGUAUCAGAAGAAGAGCUUCUUGAGAGAGUUAAAGAGACACCAUAUCCUGACAACAUGGAGAUGGUGUUCAUAUAUUCUGCUUUCAUAAAGGGAGAUCAAACUUACUUUGAUAUUGAGUCAUCUGGUGGUGUAGAUGGGACAAAACUGUAUCCGCAGCAGAAAUUCACGACAAUCAGUCAAUAUUUAGACACCCUUUUGUAAGAGCUUUUUGUUUUUCCUUCAGUUUUGUAGGCUGAACUGGUUUUUAAAUGUUUGAUGAAGUAGAUUUCAAUUCAACAACUUUGGCAAUGGACUUGUUUGGAUGCAAAUAUUUAGAUACAGGAAAAUGUAGGAAUGAUACCAAAAUUGUUCAUGUUUUUACACAUGUACGGGAGUAGCACCGUUGAUUCUCAUGGCUUCCAAAGUUAAAUGAAACUAGGUUUUCUUCCCCA